AUGGGAGCUGGCGGAAUUCCAUUAAAACUCCUCAGCGAGGCUCAGGGUCAUGUUGUCACCGUUGAGCUCACUUCAGGACACACUUAUCGGGGAAAAUUGAUUGAAGCGGAGGAUAACAUGAACGUGCAGAUUCGAGACGUGACCGUCACUGCGCGAGGAGGCCGAGUGUCGCAUCUCGAGCAGGUUUACAUCCGAGGAUCCCACGUGCGGUUCUUUUCCAUCCCCGAGAUGCUGAAGAACGCGCCCAUGUUUCGGCCUCAGACUCUGGCUGCUGUGCGAAGCAGCAGAGGCCGGGGCGGACGGGGACGAGGAAGAUGA